CAAAAUUGGAAAAAGUCGUUGACGACCCUGAACAAAUCGUAAAUCUCCCAAAAGUAAUUUUAACCAUGGCAAAAUACGCGUACUUGUUGGUUACCAUCGUUUUUUUCACCACUAUUACCGAUAUCUAUGGAUAUCUACCUUAUCAAACUAAAAUUCCUAAUGGUGCAAGAGUACCUAACCCAUGUAGUUCAUCCAAUGCAAUUUGGGCUGGUGUUGGUCAUCAAGCUGCUGCUGGUGGUGGAGCAAGAAAUCCUUUUGGUGUUGCUUUUGCCAAUGCUAACCGCACAUGGACUAUGGCACUAUGUCAAGCGGACAGUGAUGGUGAUGGCAAGACAAACGGUGCUGAAUUAGGUGAUCCUGAUUGCAUAUGGCUUGAAGGUAGUGCACCUAAUAUGACAACUGGAUUAUCUCAUCCUGGUAUUUGUGAGCCAAUGAAUUCUGCAACGUGUUGUGGCAAGCAAUCAUGGCUGUCAUGCGGUGUUGCAUGUCCUACAGGCACAACGACUAAUGGAGCUCCCCGCACUCUUACCUAUAACGUACUUUUUGUCCUAGUUACUUUAAUUAUCUGCGCCUUGCAGUAAUGAAGACUCUCAUUUACGUUAAUUUGUUGAUAUUGAACGUGGGCAUAGAUCGAUUUUGAAUAGAUUGGAUAUCAAGGAAAUAUUUUACUCGAUAAUAUAUAAAUUAUCUACUUGUGUAGUCGCUAACAACUAUUAGUAAAACGUAACCUUUACUGAGUUCGGGUUACAUUAGCAAAGUUCUAGAAUUUUCCUUAAUUCUUCGUAGUAACACUUAUACAAGAAGCUAGUAAUAAAAUACGUUUAAGAAUACAUCAAAUUAUAUAUCCGUAGUUUUCUUCAAUAGUAUGUCGUUGAUGUAUUAAAGCAUCGUAUUCAAAAUUGACUGUUGUUGCAGCGAAUACUUUGGUUUUCAAAGUAGACUAAAGUGUUUUUGGUUAGUUACGCUUAUCUUAAAUGAAUACAAGAUGAAUAAUAUAGCAUAAAGUAGAGCAACAUAGCUCCGUGUUAUAACAUGAAGACUUGUCCACCGAAAUGGACAUGUCUUCUACUAGUCUUCUUUACUAUUCUAUCUAAUCUAAUAUAUGUUUGCCUUAGAUGAUAGUGUGUUUUACGGUGGAUCCGUAAAAUUUUCUUGCUUUUUUAUAGCCCAAUUACAUGGUAUUGUGUGUACUAACUUGAAG